AUUAUCUCUCCAAGGAGCUCUAUGACAAUCCUAAUCUACAGAAGGGGGCUUAAACAAUGUAAGAGUGUAAACACUGAUUGUUUUAUGAUUAAAAUCUGUACCAGUCAAAUCCAGAAGAGGAUAUCCUAUUGAUAUCAUUGUUAAAUCGAGGCUCACGCUCUGGACGUAUAUAGGGUUAUAGGUCAUAAGUAAGCAGGCCAAAAUUCCCCUCUAAUCACCUAAAGGUAUCAAUUAUCCCAUUCUAAUUGAUCGGACAAAGGGAGCUGAUUUUAGAGAAAUCCCUCUUCUAUAAUUAAACUUUGUUCAAGAUGUCGCCCACUUACCGCCAGCAAUAAACUGAUAACGGAAUUCGGAAGUGGGUGUGUGCGCCCUGGUAACCUCCACUCUCUAGCGUACACGGGGGGUUUUACGUGUGCAAUUUACGUCACCCGAUUUCUGGGUGUGAUAAAAAGCGCAUGUUGCUGGAAUAUUGAAGAGUUUUGUGACAAGAAUUACACCUCAAAUAAUCAAAAAUACAAAAUUGAUAAAACAUGGAAAGAUCUCUCAUCAUCUAUGUCGUUUUCUUCAUUGGAUUUUCUUACGCUGCUGUUCUACCCAACCAGAAAGAUGACAGUGACCUUGAUACAAAGAUAUCUCAGCUCCGGGAUCUUGUGAAUGAAAUCAAGAACGCAAAUGAAAAGGGAUCCUCCCAACAUGCCUCGAGUGGUUCUAGCGCCAAGGAAAGCGACAUGGCAGCCACUAGUUCGUCUGUGAAAGCACACACACGUGGAGACUCGGCGUUAUCACCCGAGGAAAUAACCCUCCUAAAGAAACUGAAGGACACGCUGGAGGAGGAAACCGCCGAGGAAAAGGACGGUCUGAAGAUCUUCCAGGAGUCGGUCAAACACGAGAGAAGACCGGAGCAUGUCGGGACAUUCCUUGACCGACCAAUUCCGGAACAGGAAGUACCAGACACGAGCCGCGUGAAGCAGCUGGCGGCCCUUAUGUCCCAGAGGUCUCAGUCCACACCGGAAGAAAUCGAGGGUAAUGGAUUUGGAAAAUUCCAUGAAACAGAUAAUCCUGCUGCUGGUCAUAAGAAUACAUUUAGGGAGAACCUUCUUAAUGUUCUAGUGGACAGGCUUUUGGAGGACACAGAUCUUUUGCUGCGGAAAGGAUUUUCAUUGGAUGAUGUGCUGAAAAACUUAUCAGGAAAAGCUCAAAUGGAGAGAGAAAGAACUUCAUUAGAACAAGCGUUAGAAAAACUACUGGAUGAAAAGCACAUAUAAAUUAAAAGAGAGGCAUUGAAGGGACAUUUAUUUUCAUACGCAUUCCUUUUGAAUUCGAACUUGAAUCUCAUAUAUUCUGUGAGAGAGAGAGAGAGAGAGAGAGAGAGAGAGAGCGAGAGAGAGAGAACAGACAGACAGGCAGACAAAUAUUAUUUUUAUCUACUUUUUGUACCAUGUUCAAUUUUUUAACAACGACAACUCUGUUUAAUAUUAAACUCAAUAUAUUUUGAAAUAAACGGUAGACAGAU